AUGAAAGAAGAUAUUCCAACAACAUGCGUUGCUGCUGUUUUUUCGGAUGUGGAACCUAACGAUCAACUGAAAGAUAUUGGAAAAUUUAUGCAUGAUCAUGGUGGUCAACCGGAAUUAGAUUUUAGUACAGAUGACUUUGAAAAUAAAGUUGAAUCGAUUAUUCGAGAAUUAAGAAAUGUUCUUAAAGAAACAAUAGCUGAAGGAGAAAUGGAAAUGUUUCUUAAUUCGGUUAUGAGUUUAAUUCUACUUGUACCGGAAGAUAAAAUUAAUCGGCCCAUUUUAAAUUUUUCCGAGGCUAUUAUUAAUGCUAAUUUGCCAGAAAAAUAUGGACCAAUGAAACUUCGUGUACUAACUAAUUUAAUUUAUGUUGUACCAGAGCGUGGCAAUACAGAUAAAUAUCGAAUUUUGAUUGAUUUAAUCAAAUGCGCUCGAAACCAUCGAUGUAUCAACGCUGUUUCAGUUGGACUCAAUCAGGUUAAAAAAUGGGUCAAAGAAUGGAAGGUAUCAACUGAACAAGUACAAGAACUCUAUCGUAACAUGCAUGAAGCCUAUGCAGCUACAGGAGAUUCUGGCAAUGCAUUACAACUUCUAUUGGAAUUACUUGGUACAUAUACAAAAGAAACCGCAUCAAAGGCUCGUGCGGAUGCAUUCAAAUGUAUUAUUAAUAGUAUAAAUGAUCCUAAUGUCUUUAUUAUGGAUCAUUUACUUUUACUUGAACCAGUUAAAGUUCUUGAAGGCGAAAAUAUUCAUAAUUUAUUGAACAUCUUUGUUUCGGGUCGUUUACAAGAUUAUUUAGAGUUUUAUGCUAAACAAAAAGCAUUCAUUGACUCAUCAGGUGUAAAACAUGAUCGAAAUAUCACUAAGAUGCGAUUGUUAACAUUUCUUCAAAGUGCAGAAAACCAAAAAGAAGUAACGUUCGAUACUAUCGAAAAACAAAUGCAAAUAACAGCCGAUGACGUUGAAUCAUUUAUCAUUGAAGCUGUUCGAACGAAAAUGAUACGUUGUAAGAUCGAUCAUCUUGCUCGUAAAGUUAUUAUUGAUAGUACUGUUCAACGAACAUUUACAAAACAACAUUGGCAAUCAUUGAAAGAAAAACUUGAAUCAUGGAAAGCAAAUCUAGCUUUGAUUAAUACUAAUCUUACUACAUUGACGACAGCACAAGUAGCAGCAAAAUGA